AUGAGCUGGCAAAAUUUCAUCGACGAGAGUUUAUUAGGUACAAGCCAGGUGGCAAGAGCUUCGAUUCAUGGUUUGGACGGCAAAAGAUAUGCCUCAAGUGCGGGAUUUGUGGUUAGUAUAUUCUUAGCUGUUUAUUCUAUGUUUCGUAAACAUUCUUGUGUUCCUAAAUUAUAUGGGAGUGAGGUUCCCAUUACUUUUAUUUGCGGAAAUAUGAUGAUUUCCCUUUUUAAAAGACUAUAAAUAAGACAUCACAAUCGAUUAUACUCAAUUAAUUUGUCGUUUAUCGCUCGCGCUGUGUAGUCUGUGUAGUAAGGUGUUGAUGUAACGCUUUGUGUGUCGUGUGCUAAACUUUGUUUAUAGAGUCCUUUGUAACGAUGAUAUAAAUAGAACAAUCUGAAUAAAAGUAAGAAUCCGUGUGAAAAAAAAGGACAAAAUCUGAAUUCUGUGAGGCAAAAGAAAAAUCAAAUUCGGUCUAGUUUCAUUCGGAAUGUAAUGGAACAGGCAUUGUUGACAAUUUUUUCUUUCCUUGUAGUCUUGACUAACAAGUUCACAGUACCACUAAAAUAUAAUCUCACGCAAGCAGCAAAACGGAAUAAUUGAUUUAACGAAUCGGGAUCGGUGUGUUUUAGUGUUCUACGCUGCAGAUGCAUGCUCAUGUAACCCGGGCUUUGUGUGCUGCAUGCUAUCGCUGAUCCACCUCUUUUGACUCUUUUGAAUUCAAGUUGUUCAGCCAGCUCUCAUAAUGGACACCCAACCAAACUGAGUGACACCUUAAAUUGAUUUUAAUUUUCUCUAGUAAAAAGAUGGACAUGCGAAAUAUAUAACUACAAAUAUGUGUCUUGUUGAAUUUAGACGUAGACAAAAUGUAUAGAAAAUGUAAGACAUCAAUAAUUUGAUGUCUUAUAUUUUGUCUACAUUUAUUUUUUGAGCAGAUGGACUUUGUUUGUGGAUAUUAGCGUCUGAGCUUAUAUCCUCAAAUAUUUGAUGGUCUUGGAAUGAUGCGUGUGACUGUUUGUGAAAUGUGAGCAACAAGGGCCUAUUCAGUUACUCUGAUGAAACAAACGAGGAAUGUUUUAAUCAGAGAAGCUAACAUCUAUUUUGCUGUACUCCUCUGCAAAAAUAAAAUAAUUUGGCCUUUCAGCCAGCAUUCUUCUUGACUGACAAAUGCUUAUAGUGCUUCAUGAAUCUCUAUAAGUGCCUGGCCCUUCCUUUCUUUUCUAAUAAUGGUGCAUAUCAAGUCAGUGAGGCACACACUCAGUGGGGAUGUUUUCACUGUAACAUUUUAAAAUAUACACCUGCACAGUGGGAAGCAAACUUUUUCUCUGAAGAUUAACAACAUUAUUGCAUGACCAAGUCUUGACACUUCGUCUAGAGGUUUAGCACAUUAGCCUCCUUCCUUCACAAUCAUUAGCCUACAUUGCAGACGUAAACUAAUCCCAGUUAGUAAUGUCUGCGUAGCAGCACAAAGAUCCUCGUUCUGGGCCCCUUACAGAUUCAACAAAUUACCAGCAGCGCAUUUCAAAUUUCCUUUCAACCUGAUUGGCAAAUCGACUCAAAUCCCGGUACACGGGUGAUGGCCCAGAACAAGGAUUUUGGUGCACGUUUGUAGAUGGCCAUAACCAGAGUUUAGUUUCGUUUGUGGCGCAGGCUACACACUCCUAUAAACUGACCUUAAGCAGCUGCUUUUUAAACUAACACAGUUUACCAUACAUUACCCAUCAUACAUGUACUCUGUUAACCAGACCUCACAGUGGCAGAUUCAGAUCAUCAAGUAAGAGAGGAGCCUGCACAUCCAGACCAAGAAAAGAGGGGGGGGGGGCAGGCUCAAGGAUAAUUUUUCUCAGCACUACAGGCUUCAGUGUGGCUUCAAAAUAAAGUUCACCAGUGGCUCCUAGACUUAAUUGUCGGACCUAUUACCAAAGGAAACUCAUUGUCUUUAACAAGCCAUUUUCAAGUUUUAAAAAUACUCAUUUCAUUAUAAGGCCAAGUGCAACUUCAGAACCUUUCAUAUGAAAAUGAGUGACCAUUUGAAUGAGAAUGAGGAGCUAUUUUCUUAUCAAACAUUUCUUACUUCCUCUCAUUUUGAUGAAGCAGGCCUGAGAAAACAGCCAACAUUUUGCAAUUCCACCAGUGGUUUCCCUGCAAAAUGGCAUCUGAGGAACUAAUGCUGAAAUUCCAUACUGAUGGCAUGUCACUUACCCAGAUCUGGGUAGUUUUCCUGAUUGGUUUAAGCUUCGGCCCAGAUCUGGGUAGUGACAUUUCAGUACUUGUACCUCAUCUUUUCAUGGGGAAUCUGUUGGUAGCAUUGUGAAAAAACAGCUGUUUUCUCAGGCCAUUCUAAGGGAACUUGAGGAUACCUGGAAAUGGCCUGUUCUAGAGUACUUUUGGUGCCUCUCUAGCCAGUUAGCAUGGGUAUCAAUAGUUAGAAUAUAAUCAAACAAGAGAGCAAGGAGAUAAGAAGGGCUGCCAAUGGUUAACUGACAACACAUUGAGUUCACAGGAGUGCAAAUUAUGCCAGAAAGUGUAAUAUUUUAUCAUUUUUUUUCAGGUCCUUCCAAGCGAGGCCCAAGCAUUAAUCAAUGGAAUCACCAAAGAUCCCUCACCUUUCUAUUCAAAAGGAAUUGCUAUUAAUAGAACAAAGUAUGUAUUUGUUAGGUCAGAACCUGGACAUGCA